AAGCGCAAUUGCUGUGCAGCCGCUCCUAGCCCGGGGGAUCCUGGGAUUCGGCCUUUCCGGAAGGUCGGGCUGGGUGUCGGUGUUAGGCCGCCGCCGUUCUAGGCCCACGUCGGAAUUCCAGGCCCUGCUCCGAGCCCAGUUGGUGGCCGCGGCGACCCAGCGGGGAUCGCAGAGGACGCAGCCGCUGCUCGCUGAGGUGCUGAGCCUUGGAGGGCGGCAGCCGGGGUGCGCAGGCCGUGGAGGCCCCACCCCCGCCCUGAGCGCCGCGGCGAAGGACGACAGCCCGGGCCGCCCGGACGCGGUGAAGCGGUCACGUAACUGCCUCGGGUGAUGAUUCACCCGCUCUCCUGUCAGAUUUGAGGUGCGUACUGCUGCCGCAGAGCGGACGUCAGCGUGCCCAGAGCGGUGCUGCUGCUGCGACCGCUUCAGCGCCCUUCGUUCGGCAGGCCCGCGUUUGCCCGGAGCGUUCUCUUUGUAACGUCUGCGGCCUGCAGCUCGGGUCGAGCUCUGGGUUCUCCCAUGAAGGUGUCUCUCGGUAACGGCGACAUGGGCGUCUCGGCCCACCUGCAGCCUUGCAAGGCUGGAACUACGCGGUUUUUUACCAGCAAUACGCACAGCUCGGUUGUAUUGCAAGGCUUUGAUCAGCUCAGAAUCGAGGGGCUGCUUUGUGACGUGACUCUGGUGCCUGGCGACGGGGAGGAAAUCUUCCCGGUCCACAGAGCCAUGAUGGCGUCUGCCAGUGAUUAUUUCAAGGCCAUGUUCACGGGAGGAAUGAAAGAGAAAGAUUUGAUGUGCAUUAAGCUUCAUGGCGUGAACAAAGUUGGUCUGAAGAAAAUCAUUGAUUUUAUUUAUACUGCAAAACUGUCUCUUAAUAUGGACAAUCUUCAGGACACUCUUGAAGCUGCCAGCUUUCUGCAAAUCUUGCCGGUUUUGGAUUUUUGUAAAGUGUUUCUUAUCUCAGGCGUCUCUUUAGAUAACUGUGUUGAAGUAGGACGGAUUGCCAACACCUAUAAUCUUAUCGAAGUGGAUAAGUACGUAAAUAAUUUCAUCCUGAAGAACUUCCCAGCCUUGUUGAGUACAGGGGAGUUUCUCAAACUCCCCUUUGAACGGCUCGCCUUUGUGCUUUCCAGCAAUAGUCUCAAGCAUUGUUCUGAACUCGAACUCUUCAAGGCAGCCUGUCGCUGGCUGAGGCUGGAAGACCCUCGGAUGGACUGUGCUGCAAAAUUAAUGAAGAAUAUCCGCUUCCCACUGAUGACGCCACAGGAUCUCAUCAACUAUGUGCAGACAGUAGAUUUCAUGAGAACAGACAAUACCUGUGUGAAUUUACUUUUGGAAGCAAGCAAUUACCAGAUGAUGCCAUAUAUGCAGCCAGUGAUGCAAUCAGACAGAACUGCCAUUCGGUCUGAUUCUACUCAUUUGGUUACCUUAGGAGGAGUUUUGAGACAACAGCUAGUUGUGAGUAAAGAGUUACGAAUGUACGAUGAAAGGGCGCAGGAGUGGAAGUCGUUAGCCCCCAUGGAUGCUCCUCGAUACCAGCACGGCAUUGCUGUUAUUGGAAAUUUCCUUUAUGUAGUUGGUGGUCAGAGUAAUUAUGAUACAAAAGGAAAAACUGCUGUUGAUACAGUUUUCAGAUUUGAUCCUCGUUAUAAUAAAUGGAUGCAGGUGGCAUCAUUGAACGAAAAGCGCACAUUCUUUCACCUGAGUGCCCUCAAAGGACAUUUAUAUGCAGUUGGUGGGCGCAGUGCAGCUGGUGAACUGGCCACAGUAGAGUGUUACAACCCAAGAAUGAAUGAAUGGAGCUAUGUUGCAAAAAUGAGUGAACCCCACUAUGGCCAUGCUGGAACAGUAUAUGGAGGUUUAAUGUAUAUUUCCGGAGGAAUUACCCAUGACACUUUCCAAAAUGAGCUCAUGUGCUUUGACCCAGAUACAGACAAAUGGACACAGAAGGCUCCUAUGACUACAGUUCGAGGUCUGCAUUGCAUGUGUACAGUUGGAGACAAGCUGUAUGUCAUCGGUGGCAACCACUUCAGAGGAACAAGUGAUUAUGAUGAUGUCCUAAGCUGCGAAUACUAUUCGCCAACUCUGGACCAGUGGACACCAAUUGCUGCUAUGCUACGAGGUCAGAGUGAUGUUGGAGUUGCUGUCUUUGAAAACAAAAUCUAUGUUGUUGGUGGAUAUUCUUGGAAUAACCGGUGCAUGGUAGAAAUUGUCCAGAAAUACGACCCAGAAAAAGAUGAGUGGCAUAAAGUUUUUGAUCUUCCAGAGUCGCUUGGUGGCAUUCGGGCUUGCACUCUCACAGUUUUUCCACCAGAAGAAAACCCUGGGUCACCUUCUAGAGAAUCACCUCUUUCAGCACCUUCAGAUCAUUCUUAGAUCCAAGGUGUACUACCUUUUCAGUGUAUCAUGGGUGGUCUUGUACGUCCCCUUCAAUUGUCUCUCCUUAUUGCUACAGUUAAUAGAAAAAGGUAACUUAGGGUUUUUUUGUUUUUUGGUUUUUUUUUUUUGGUUUGGCUUCAUAUUGUUUAUUAAAUGACUAACAAGUGCAUUUUGAAAAGUAUUAAAUAAUAUUCAGCUGUUUUAACAAGUGAAAAAGAUAUAGAAAAUUAGAUGUUUUUGUGGUGUUGCAUAUGUCAAAUUGUAGAUGAUCAUAGUAAAUGUGUAAUUAUGUCUAUUAUACUAAAAAAUUGAAACAUUUGAUUUGACUGAAACAUUAAAUGGAGGUCCCCUGUUCUAACCUAAAAUAAAGAUUGCCAAGGUGCAGCUACCUCCUUGGAUAGUUUUGGACAAUCUGUUAACUAGGCUGUGUGAUUAGUCUUAGAAUAGUUGAAGUUUCUUAGGUAGACAGAAAUAGUAACGAUAUAAACUACAAGAAACAGGUCAGGACUUGUUAUCUCUCUGGAGAAAAAAUAAUAGGUGUGUACACUAGUCAGAUAUUCAUGCUCACACAAAAAUUUAUGUGUACAUACAUAUAAACUUUUAGACUUGAUCGAAACUUCAACUGUUGUGAACAUGACUUUAUUUUUCUUCCAGAAAGCAGCUAAUUUUAUUUCAGUGAGAAUUCAAUGCCAGAGAUUCCAUGUCUAAAGUCUUAAACAGAAUUUAGGUAGCUCAGGGCUACAACAAACCAAAUUGACAGCCAAAUUUGUCAUUUAAUGGAAUUGUUUCUUUAAAUGAAGUUUAAUUAGUUUUUCUGUGUAUUCUGUAGUUACAUUCAUUCAUAUAGAUUUUUUAGCAGAAGGCAAGUUUCAAAGAAUUUUUUUGUUUGUUUGUUUGUUUGUUUGUUUGUUUUUUGAGACAGGGUUUCUCCGUAUAGCCCUGGCUGUCCUGGAACUCACUCUGUAGACCAGGCUGACCUCGAACUCAGAAAUCCGCCUGCCUCUGCCUCCCAAGUGCUGGGAUUAAAGGCAUGAGCCACCACCUCCCGGCCUUUUUUUUUUCUUUUUUAAUCUUUUACCUGUGAAAUUUGGGAGUUAGGAAGGCAAAGAAGCAUUCUCAACAAAGCUCCAGGAUUUUAAGUUUAGUCUCCCGCCUCAGUCACUCUGACAUGUUUAUUAUGUGAUUUUGAGUGAUUUCUGGUGCUGCUGUAGCUGGUAAGCAGCCUGUAAUAUGUGAGCUGCCUCAAGGCUGUGAUCUGAGCAGAGAUACACCCUAUUCUGCAUCAAAUCAGAAAUAUGCCUUUUUAGCCUUGACUCAAGAAUAGAACCAACUUCAGAUCCCCUAAGAAGUCAGCUAAAGUAUGCCUUCAGUCUUCAAUACUGUGGGAAUACUUCUUGGCUGAGAAUUACAUGGGAAAAUCUUAAAGGGAACUUACCAGAUGAAUGGAAUUAUAGUGUCCCUUGGUAAUGAGUGAUACUAAAUAAGUACUUUCCUGGGAAAAUUGUUCAACUGAAGGAAAAAAAUAGCGUGCACGCGCACACACAGCGUGUCUAGUCCUGGGAGAGUGCCAGAGUGUAAAUCAGGAGCAAUACUAUUGGCAGUCCCUUAAUGUAAUUCAGACAAAGGAAAAGGAUUUGGCUUCUGGCAUCAGAACUUUACUUAACUGCCCAUAUAUACAUGUGUUGAUUCAUUUUAAUGCUUUUCAUGAUUUCUGCAUUGACAGAAUUUUCAUACUUUGUUUUUUUUUAAAUGACUGUAUUUUUUGUUGUUGUUAACUUCAGACAUAUUUGAGUGCUUUUAGAAGUUAAAGUAAAAAUUGCUACUAACUUUGUGUAUUGAAUAAGCAAGUAAGAAAUUGCAUCCUGAUUUUUUUUUUUUUCUUCUUUUACUAAUACCAAGAUUGAAUACUUGUGUGUUUUGAAUAGCUACAUUUUCCCUUUGGUCAAAUGUCAAUGUCCUUUUCCUUGUGAUAUCUUUUGGAGUUGCUUUGUUUUUCAUAUCAAGUUACCGGAUUUCUUUAUAUAAUAAAAUUACUUAACUGACA